CCCAGGCUCUUCACACUGACUGAAAGCAUGGGUCCCCUGCUGCUUCUUCUACCGCUGCUCGCCGUGGCGGCCCAUGCCGAGCACUUUCUCCCUCUAGACUGCGGCGCCAUCCGCGACCGCAACGCCAGCAGCCCCAGCGGUGUGUAUGCCACCUACCCGGCAGGCCCCCUCUCCCCGCUGCGCGUCUACUGCGACAUGGAGAGCGACGGCGGGGGCUGGACAGUGUUCCAGCGCAGACUCGAUGGCUCUGUGAACUUCUUCCGACCCUGGGAGGCCUAUCGAGCGGGUUUUGGUAGCGCCGACGGGGAGCUCUGGCUGGGCCUAGAGAACAUGCUGCUGCUGACGCUGCGGACACAGAACGAGCUGCGUGUGGACAUGGAGGACUGGGCAGGGAACCGGGCGCACGCCCACUAUGCCUCCUUCUCGCUGGAGCCUGAGGCGGCCGGCUACCAGUUGGCCCUGGGGCGCUUCGUGGACGGGGAGGCGGGGGAUGCCAUGAGUGGCCACAACGGCAUGAAGUUUACCACCUUCGACAGGGACCAGGACAGCUGGGGGAAGAACUGCGCGAGCCAAUAUAUGGGUGCGUUCUGGUACAGCGCCUGCCACACGGCAAACCCUAACGGUUUAUAUAUACCAAAAUCGAAUUCACCACAUGAAUCAGUGUACAACAGCUGGAAAACUUGGAAAGGGAAUGGGUACUCUUUGAAAAGCAUCUCAAUGAAAAUGAGACCGGUGUCUCAAUGUUCUCAUUCUACUGAUUUUUGAGGGUUGGUCUGUCUAUGGGACCUGUUGAUCUAUAAUUGUACUGACAUGGUUUGUACCAAAGUAAAGCUUUGUCCAACAUCAAAA